CUUGGCAACCGCGCAGGUUACUUGUUGUGGUCCCUGCCUCCGCGAAAAAACAAACAGCGACUAUCGGACGCGGCGUCCUGGAUAAACUUGCCCCAAGUGGAGGGCAAGCUCGCAGCCAAUGGAUGCUUUUCAACCGGACCUGAGGCUGGCUCGGGGCCGUGGGCCGUGGGCACAAUGAAUGACCGGUACCACCGGGCGGCCCGGGACGGCUACCUGGAUUUACUGAGGGAGGCUACACGGAAAGAGCUGAACGCGCCGGAUGAAGAUGGAAUGACACCGACGUUGUGGGCCGCUUACCACGGCAACCUUGAUGCGUUACGGCUGAUUGUGGGAAGAGGCGGUGACCCGGACAAAUGUGACAUCUGGGGCAACACGCCUCUCCAUCUGGCCGCUGCCAACGGGCAUCACAACUGCCUCUCCUUCCUGGUGUCCUUCGGUGCCAACGUGUGGUGCCUGGACAGCGACUACCACACCCCGCUGGACAUGGCCGCCUCCAAGAGCCACAUGGACUGCGUCCGCUACCUGGACUCCAUCGCUGCCAAGCAGAUCACCCUCAACCCCAAGCUGGUGAGCAAGCUGAAGGACCGGGCGUUCCGCGCGGCCGAGCGCAGGAUCAAAGACUGCGUGAAGCUUCAGAGGAAACACCACGAGCGCAUGGAGAGGAAGUUCCUGAAGGAGGCUUCGGACGCCAUGAGCUUCUCCAGCUACAACAGCAGCAGCACGAUGGGUCGAAAGCUGCCCCAGUUCAACACCGUCACCUCCAACAUGCCAUACUCGCAGGCCACGCUGCACUCCACAGCCAAGGGCAAGACCAAGAUCCAGCGGAAGCUUGAGAAGAAGAGACAGGUGGACGGCACCUUCAAGAUCUACGAGGACGGCCGUAAGAGCGUGCGCUCCCUCUCAGGCCUCCAGCUGGGCAGCGACGUCAUGUUCCUCAAGCAGGGCACCUACGCCAACUCCAAGGACCGCUCGCGCCUCAACAUCCGCGACAUGUUCCCCCGCGGGAACCAUGACGACGACGACGCCGACACCAUUUCGCGAGCCCUCAGCGACCCGGGCCUCCAUGAGGCGGCUUACUCGGAGAUCAGCAGCGAUUCGGGCCGAGACUCGCUGUUCACCCGGCCUGGUCUGGGCACCAUGGUGUUCAGGAGGAACUACGUCAGCGGGGGUCUGUUCGGCAUGGGGGGCCGGGACGAGGGCAGCGUGGUGGGCAGCGAGCCGGUGGGGAGGGCGCCCAACGUGCGCCUGCGCGGGCGUCUUCCCCGGCGCUCGCCCAGCCUGGACGAGGACAGCAUCGGCAGUGCCCUGAGCCUGCAGGAGAGGAACAGGCAGGAGCUGCCCUGGGAGGAGGCCGACGUGGGGCUGGACGAGGAGCAGGAGCCCGAGGGCAGGCCUCUGGAGACCUUCUUGGCCUCCCAGAGCAUGGAGGAGUUCAUGGCCAUCUUCAGGAGGGAGAAGAUCGACUUGGAGGCCCUGCUGUUGUGCUCCGACCAAGACCUCACCAGCAUCCACAUCCCCCUGGGCCCCAGGAAGAAGCUGCUGGACGCCUGCAGGAGACGGCUGGAUGCCCUGGACGAGCCGGACGCCAUGGAAGACACGCAGCUCUGAGGUUCUCUAGCCCCCCUCUGGAUCAUCUUCUCUAUCAGCCAAACAUGACUUGUCACAUGUGACUAGUCACAUGACUAGUCACAUGGACUACGUGGAGAUGUGUGUACACCCUCAGCUGUAAUGUUGUAACGUUUUGUCAGUUUGUCUUUAAUCUGUACAAACAGGGACAUAGACUGGUUAAUGGGGACAUCUAGUGGACAGUUACAGAACUGUUACCAGCCUGUGAUGAGGAUAAAUUAAAAGUAGAUUUUAUUCAACAUUACACUUAACAUUUAAAUUGAUGUGUGUUUGUUUAUAUAUAGCUAUAUAUAUAUAUAUACUGUAUAUAUACUGUAUAUAUAUUCUUAUGUUCAUAUUAUAAUAUGAUUUAUAAUAAUAACCUGAUAAUGAUAACAGGCUGGUAUAGGCUGGUAUCUCGCUAACUCCCAAAUCCUGCUUCGUAGACCUCUGUUUUGAGAUAAUGGUAAAAUAGUAUUAGCUUUUUAUUUGGAAACCAUAAACGCAUACAUAUGUCCUGGGGAGAACUAAAAUGAUUAUCACUUUGUUACAUCAGCAAAUAUUGUUAAUCAUUUUAAUAUAUUUAGUUUUACAUUAUGUAAGUUGUUCAUAAUUUUUUUUCCAAAGUUUUGUUAUAUUUAUAUUGACUUAAGUUAUUGUACAGUUUUUACAAUUAUCUUGACGAUUGAUACAACAGGACCCAAACAACACAUUGACCUUGUCCAUUGACCACAUUCUGAGUGUAUCUGUGUAAAACAAACAUUGAGUGUAUCUGUGUUAGUCGUAGUGAAGACCCUGUGAGGGGUGUGUGAGAUGAUCUGGGUUCUAACGAGCACCUUGUUAUCUGUAGUUACGGCGCCAGUGUACUGUUUCACAAGAUGUCCGCAGAGUGCACUUGAGAGUAUGACUGCAUGAAUGUGCAUUUUAAUGUGAUUCAACAAGGCUGACAUCCAGUGAAAAACUUUUGGAAUA